AUGAGCUGCGUGCGCGUCCCCGAGUUUUCCACUCGGCAGCGUCCCCUGCGCAUCCUCGUCGCCAACCGCGGCGAGAUCGCCGUGCGCAUCCAGGCCUCGAUCGGACUGCUCGGCCACACCGCUCUGGGCAUCCAUACUGCGUCCGAGGGGACCAACGCCCCGCAUGUCUUGAAUCUUCCACCCGGGCAGCGCCUCCAGAUCCCUGGCCAGGGCGCCUCUGCCUAUCUCAAUGUCGACAGUCUGAUCCGCGUUGCGAAGGAUGCCAAGGCCGACGCCGUGAUCCCAGGCUACGGCUUUCUGAGCGAGUCGCCCGUCUUUGCCAAGGCAGUCCAGGACGCCGGGAUGACCUGGAUUGGCCCCCGGGCCGAAACACUGACGCUCUUCGGCGACAAGCACACGAGCAAAGAGUUUGCGCGUCGCGCCGGGGUCCCCGUCCUUCCGAGCACGAGCGCGGACGCCUCGCUCGACGAGAUCCGCGACUUUGCCUCGAAACUGCCCAAGGGACAGGCGCUGAUGCUGAAGGCGCUUGAGGGUGGUGGUGGCCGUGGAAUCCGUAUUGUCCGCGACCUAUCCGAGCUGCAGAGCGCCUACGACGGAUGUCGCCGCGAGGCGCGCGCGGCCUUCCCCUCCGACAGGGUGUUUGCCGAGCCCUUCCUCCCGCAGGCGCGGCAUAUCGAGGUUCAGGUCGUCGGCGAUGGCACGGGACUCGUCCGUGCCGUCGGAGAAAGGGAGUGCUCCCUGCAGCGCCGGAACCAGAAGCUGAUCGAGCUCUGCCCUUCUCCGACGCUGCGGGGGCGAGGCGACCUGCGCGCGAGCAUCAUCAGCUCUGCCCUCGCACUAGCGGCAGAGGGAAAGCUGCGCUCGCUCGCAACGAUGGAGUUCCUCCUCCAGGGUGAUGAGUACUACUUCCUCGAGUGCAACCCGCGCCUCCAAGUCGAGCACACGGUCACGGAGGAAGCGUACGGCGUCGAUCUGGUUGCGACGCAGAUCCGCCUCGCACAGGGCGUGCCGCUUCACGAGGCGCUGGGCGCGACGCCCGACCUCGCCCCGAGAGCGGCGCUGCAGCUGCGCAUCAACGCCGAGAAGUUCCAGCCCGAUGGAAGCGCGACGGGCACGACGGGCACAAUCCGCUCCCUCGCGCUGCCCACUGGCCCGGGCGUGCGCGUCGACACGGCGGCGCACGCACCGAUCCCGGGCGUUGGGAGCUACAAGCAGGGUAUGGAGUUUGACUCGCUGCUUGCCAAGAUUAUCCUUACCGGACGCAGCUACGAGGACACCAUUACGCGGGCGCGCGCUGCGCUGGACCGCCUCCGCAUCACUGGCGUGGCUACGAAUCGGGCGCUUCUGCUUGCGCUUUGCGAGGAUCCUCACGUCGCCAAGAAUGAGGGUGUGCACACGCGCUACGUUGAGGAGAAUGCCGGCCAGCUGUACGAGGUCGCGACCAAGAUUGACGCCGAGCGCACGGCGCAGGAAGCCGCCGACGGACCGCAGGAGGAGGAGGUCAACCGGUCGUCCAACCUGCCUCCCGCGGGACCUGGAGAAGCGUACGUCCAGACCCACCUCCCGGGUCGCGUUGUCAGCGUAGCGGUCAAGGAGGGCCAGGAGAUUCGGAAGGGCGAGGAAGUCCUGAUUGUCGAGAGCAUGAAGAUGGAGCACACGGUGCGCGCUGCAGCCUCAGGCAAGGUGCUCAAGGUCCUCGCGAAACCCGGUGACAACUUUGAGGAGGGCGAUGCGGUUGCGCUCCUCUCGACCUCGGAGGGGGCGGAUGACAGCCAGGCUGUGGAGGAGGAGAAGGUCGACUUGGACUCUAAGCCCGCUUCGCUGCAGGAGCUGGACGAAGUGCGCGCACAGCUGCAGGACGACCACCCCAUCCGUGCCAAGGCGACGCAGCGCCGCCGCGAUCGCAAGUACCGCACUGCGCGAGAGAACCUGGCCGACCUCGUCGACGCGGGCACGUUUGUCGAGUACGGCGACCUCGCGCUCGCUGCGCAGCGCACGCGUCUGAGCGGCAACAACCUGCUCGCGACGCGCAAUGACGGCGUCAUCGUCGGCUGGGCCAAGGUUGAUGGCCAGCGCACCGCGGUGGUCAUGUACGACUAUGGCGUGCUUGCCGGCACCCAGGGUUACUUCCACCACAAGAAGCUGGAUCGGAUCUUCCACUCUGUGCUCGAGAACCCCGCCCCGCUCGUGCUCUAUGCCGAGGGCGGGGGCGGCCGCCCAGGCGACGUGGACACGUUCCACACCAAGGUUGCGGGCCUCAACGGUCCCAGUUUCGUUCUCCUCGCCCGCAUCAACUUCCGUGGCAUUCCCACCAUCGGCGUCGCGAACGGCAACCUCUUCGCGGGCAAUGCGGCGCUCCUCGGCACGUGCGACUUCAUCAUCGCUACCGAGAACCCCGGCACGAGUGUUGGUAUGGGCGGCCCUGCGAUGAUUGAGGGCGGCGGUCUGGGCGUCGUCAAGCCCGAAGACGUUGGCCCCAUCCGCUCUGCGCACCUGAAGAACGGCAACGUUGACGUGACUGUCUGGGACGAGGCGGCGGCUACCGAGGCGACCAAGACGCUCGUCGGCUUCUUCCACCCGCAUUCCGCGGGCGCUUGGGAGAAGGACGCCCGCCUGUUCCGCCACGCGAUCCCGACCGACCGCAAGCGCGCGUACAGCAUGCACCGCAUCCUGGAUCUGAUUACGGACGACGACACGCCCUUUUUCGAGCUCGGCGCGCAUUGGGGCAACUCACUCAUCACUGGUUUCCUGCGCGUGAAGGGGCUGACGCUCGGCGUGGUUGCUUCGAAUGUCCUCUCGCCGCUCGGUGGUGCCAUCGAUGCCGACUCUGCGCGCAAGGCGUCCCGCUUCCUCCGUAUUCUCACCAAGACGCGCGCCUGCCACGUCCUCGCCAUCUGCGACACGCCCGGCUUCAUGGUCGGCCCCAAGGCGGAGCCUGAGGGCGGAUUGAGGGCUUUCGCCGAGUAUUUCGCGGCGGGCGCUGGCUUCGUCGACACCGGCGGCCGCAUGUUUGGUCUGACUGUGCGCAAGGCGUAUGGACUGGGCGCGCAGGCGCUGCUGGGCGGCAGCACCUCCAUUCCCUUCAGCAGCGUUGCAUGGCCGACUGGCGAGUUUGCAGGCAUGGGCGUCGAGGGCGCGAUCAAGCUCGGCAUGAAGAAGGAGCUGGACGCGAUCCCGGACCUCGAGCAGAGGGCCAAGGCUGAGCAGCAGUUCAUCGACGACAUGUACGCUCGCGGACGGGCUAUCAACAUGGCGCAGGCGACUGAGAUUGACUCGGUCAUCGACCCGGCGGAGACGAGGGACUGGCUCGAGCGAUGCCUCGAGAGCGUCGAGCCACGGACAGGCUACAAGGGCGUUUCCCGAUUGUAG